UCUAUCUCCAUCUCUCUCUCUCUUCCCCCCCUUCCUCUGUCUCUGAAGCGUAAAAACCAAAGGACUCACAUCUCCCAUUCAGUCUCUUCUGUAUGUGGCGGAAUUAAGGCGACUCUCAGGUUUUUUAAGCCGCUCUUUUCCUCACUGUUUAGAUCUCGUCUCCUUUUUUAAACCCAUGUAACAUCUCUGCUGUCCAAAAGGAUAAACUGUUGAUUGAAAACCUGGGAUUAUUUUUGUUGCUCCUGGUCCUCCACGAGGCCACAUCGUUUACUUGGAGUCAUCUUUGUUCUUGUUCUCACAGCUGCUGAGUGUACAGUGGCUGCUAUAGUGGGGAAAUAGGUUAGUGUGUCUGUUUGGUGCCAGGCAGCAGAGGUGACUGAAUGUUAAGUGCACGGAGGAGACGGCGAGGAGAGGGAUGCCUUCCUGGUGACAGCGCUUUGUAGCCCUGUGACCGUUUGGCGAGAAGGUGACCAAGGAUGCUUUCACUGGACUCUCACCUUUAGCGAACGUGUCGGUGACAAAUCUGAAGACGACAAAGCAAAUAUCACAGCGACAUAAGACAGCCAUACAUUUUUUUUCCCAAGUGGUGGAGCAGAGCUGACCCGUGUGUCUGCUGUGAGUGGACACUAUGGAUAUCAACCUUCAGUCUCACAGAUUUUACUUCCCUCAGAUCUACUGUGCCGAGCCCGGGGCUCAGCCACAGCUGACCGAAUUCAAAGUCAGUGAGCAGAGCAUCUGUCAGGCGCGAGCCUCCGUCAUGGUCUAUGAUGACACCAGUAAGAAGUGGGUACCCAUCAAACCUGGACAGCAGGGAUUCAGCCGCAUCAACAUCUACCACAACACUGCCAACAACACGUUCAGAGUGGUGGGCGUCAAACUGCAGGACCAGCAGGUGGUAAUCAACUACUCCAUAGUUAAGGGGCUCAAGUACAACCAGGCCACCCCGACCUUCCACCAGUGGCGGGAUGCCAGGCAGGUUUAUGGCCUCAAUUUCGCCAGCAAGGAGGAAGCGACCACCUUCUCCAACGCCAUGCUCUUUGCCCUCAACGUGCUCAGUGCUCAGGAUGGAGGUCCAGCUGUCCAGCGCCAAGUCCAGAAUGGGCCGACAUCAGAUGAGAUAGAUGCUCAGAGAGCGAGGCAGAUGAUGGAGCAGCAGCAGCAGCAGAUGCAGGCACACAUGGAGCGGGAGCGACGGUCCUCUAACUCAGGUUCUCCUUUCCAAGGCCAUCCUGCUGUGCUCUCUGUGGCCCCACCAGUAGCACCUCCCCCAAUGAACAUGUGUGGCCCACCUCCCCCAAUGAACAUGUGUGGCCCGCCUCCUCCAAUGAACAUGUGUGGCCCGCCUCCUCCAAUGAACAUGGGUGGCCCACCUCCUCCUCCACCACCACCAGGACCUCCUCCACCUUCAGCAGGUGCAUCCCAACCUCCACCGGGGGACGAGUCCUCCUCAGCAACGGGACUUGCUGCCAUGAUUGCUGGAGCCAAACUGCGCCGCGUUCAAAGACCGGAGGACAGCUCUUCAGGCACCAAAAACGAAGCCAACCGAACAAGUGGAGGGAGCGGGGGACUGAUGGAGGAGAUGAACGCUCUGUUGGCACGAAGAAGAAAAGCAGCUAUAGAGAAGCCUGAAGAAAGCCAAAAUGAUGAUCCAAAUUCUCCAUCACCCAGUACCCGGGGUGGACAAAACGCCACAGAUGGUGCAAAAAAGCCGUGGGACCGAGCAAACUCUGCAGACAGAUCAAUGGUUUCCCGGGUACGGCCUGUGGGGAGUGGUAGUGACACAGACUCGUUAGACCUCGACAGAAUGAAACAGGAAAUCUUGGAAGAGGUGUUUCGUGAAUUGCACAAAGUGAAGGAUGAAAUCAUUGAUGCCAUUAGACAUGAACUCAGUCGAAUUAGCACGACAUAAUCUUUCAGAGCCACUUUUCCCCGACAUCAACCACUUUGUUGAACCAUUGCCCAUACAACAGCUGCUGUGGCCCUGAGGAGGAGGAGGAGGAGAAGUCAGGAGCCACAGAGGCCCUAACUGUGACAUCCAUUCACCCUGAUCAGCUGUGGUGUUGGAGCAACGCAGCAUUGUUGAUCUAACACCUCAGACAUGUAUGUGUGUGUUUGUUUUGGAGACAGAUGUGAAUGGGGCACUCUCGCACUGAUUACUCUGAUUUCUUGACAUUUUUUGUCUGUCUGUUGGCCCAGUUCACCCCUCUGUCCUCAGCCCAAAGGAAAAUGUAUAUGACUUUAUUUGCUUUGGGGUUUUUUUUUCCCCCCACUGGUUUGUUUUUAAGUUUUUUUUUAAUUAUUAUUAUUACUAUCAAUUCCAUUCUUGUUACUGUCAUUUUUAUGAUUGUAAAUGUAUUGUUAAUAUGAGUAUAUGAGUAGUAGUAGUGUAGAGAGAGCAAUGGUAACAAUGAGGAAAUGAUAAUGAGAAUAUGAUAGUAAUGGUGAUCAUUAUUGCACAUCAUUUUAUGUCAGUCUUAUUUUAGAUUGGUUUGUUUAAGAUACACCCAUGAGCACAUCAAAAUUGUUUCUCAUCAUUAGAUCUUAAACAUUAAAACAAAAACAAAAAAGUUUUUAUCCUUUUUGCCAGCACAGUUAUGUGUGGAACCAUGGCAGGAAAAAAACAGGCAUGGACCUGACACCAAUGGUGGAAUAAACCUCUUUGGAUAUUGCAAUGGUAUGAAAAAAGAAAAGAAAAAAAAAUACACCAGAGUAUUUGUGAUCAUGUUGUUAAUAAAAUGUUUAUUGGCUGCAAGGAUAUGGUGAAGUAUUGUUCAUUUUAUUCUCUCCUUUUAUGAAAAAAGUGCUUCCUGGUUUGAAAAAAAAAGAAGAAACGCACUGAGUUUAAAAUGAAUUCAAAUAAAACUGUGAACAAUGUCUUGGAUAAAUGAGGCCAUAUGUGAUUUCUUCUGUUUGUUUUGGUGCUAUUUUAAUGAGUGUCUGAAUGCAAUUUACUUUUUUAACACAGAAAUCUGUUUUUUUAAAUGUGUGUGCGACAGAAUUAACAGUGAGUGUGUCACAGAAAAGUGUGAAACAUCUGCAGUGUGUCUGUGGGACCUUAUUGUGCUGUGUUGCACACAGUGUAGGCAGCUAUUUCUGCUUUGUAAGACUAAAUACAUGCAAUAGAUACCCACUGAAAUAUUAUAUAACAUACUCUAUUACUGUAUUACAAGUUAAUUUAGUACAUUCUAUGUACUAUUUCACUUAUAUAUACUCAUAUACAGUGCUUAACAAAUGUAUUAGUCAUAAAAAUUAGAAAAGUAAGUUUGAAAAUUAAAAUGACCAAUAAUAACUAUAUUUUAGCAUCAAAAAUAUCAUUUCGGCUAGAGAGCUUCUACAUACUGGUGUGUUAACCAUUACAGAAACAUAAAAAAAAGAUUUUUAUAAUUAAUAAUUACCAAUGCUGUUAAUUAAGGGCAGCUGUGGCAUAAACCUUACUUUAGAGGGUGGUCUAAUAAAUGUGUUAAGCACUAUAUAUAUAUAAGUAUUUGUCAUAUCAGUAGUAGGGCUACACAAUAUAUCAAAAAUGUAUUAUUGUCACAAAUAAAAAGGCAUAGUUUACAUACCACAAAAGAUAUAUACAAAUUGCAAAGUUUGUUUUGUUUGGCCAUAAAGGUACGUAUGUGUCUUUUUGUUUUAUUUAAUUGUAUCAUUUUCUCCUAUUGCACACAUUACUUAUAUUCCCACUCAUACACCAACUACUUGAAAGAAUUUAUAAGAAAUUGCCUUUACAGUUACAAUGCAAGACAGUGCAGUUGAAUUUAAAUUAUUAUGUUACAUAGCUACUUGCUUUCAGAUUUAUGUAAAAACAUCCCGGUGGUCAGGCAUGUUUUUUUAGGAGCAGAAAAUGUUUAUGGGGCAGUAUUUCUCAUCUUUUUCAAUAAAAACAAUGUUGUUGGAA